GUUCCAACAUGGCAAGAAAACCUAAGUUCCAAGGUAAGUGCAGUCAUGAAUAUGAGCAGAGGAGAUGGGAGAGAAGCGGUCCCAGCUCAGACAUCUCACAACACACGUCCCUGCCCCUGUGCAGGGCUGGCAGGUGGAAGCAAAUGCACUGGGGCUACACUCCAUUUGCCACCCUGUGCUCUUUUCAGAUCCCGGGGAGACAUGUCCUGCAUUCACAGCCCUCGGCUUCGGGAGCGCUUUGAUAGGGACAGAGCUGAAGGUGAAGCUGCUGCUCUACACCCGGCAGAACCCAACCUGUGCUGAGGAGCUCCACUCAACAGCCUCCAAGUACCUCACUGUGACCAAGAAAACCACCUUCAUUGUCCACGGGUACAGAUUCACAGGCUCUGCCCCCAUCUGGAUCCCCGACCUGGUGCGUCUCCUGCUUUCUGCAGAGGACAUGAACAUCAUCCUCGUGGACUGGAACCAGGGGGCAACAACCCUCAUCUACAAUUACGCUUCGAGGAAGUGCAAAAGAGUUGCUGAGAUUCUGAAGAAACUCAUUGAUGAAAUGUUGAUCGAUGGAGCAUCCCUUGACUCCAUGCACAUGAUAGGAGUGAGCCUGGGAGCGCACAUCUCCGGCUUUGUGGGGCAGAUGUUUGGUGGUGCACUUGGAAGAAUCACAGGUAAGCCUUCCCCCGUCAGUCCUUUGGCCUCAAGACCGGCACGGCACGAGGCAGUGCCACCCACAUGGCUUUGUGUUGCAGGCCUGGACCCAGCGGGGCCCUUGUACCGGGGAACCCCCGCCAGUGAGAGGCUCGACCCCACUGACGCACAGUUUGUCGACGUCAUUCAUUCUGACACCGACGGACUAGGUUACAGAGAAGCACUAGGACAUAUCGACUUCUACCCCAACGGUGGGACCGACCAGCCAGGCUGUCCACAGACAAUAUUUUCUGGAUUGCAGUAUUUUAAAUGUGACCACCAGAGGUCUGUUUUCCUGUUCCUGUCCUCCCUGACACAGAGCUGCAACAUCACAGCGUAUCCCUGCGACUCGUACAGGAGUUACAGGAAUGGCAAAUGUACCAGCUGUGAAACCUUCUGGCCUAUGCCGUGCCCCAUCCUAGGUUAUUAUGCCCGUGAGUGGAAAAGCUAUUUAACACAACAGAGCCAUCCAGUGACAAGGAUGUUUUUUGAUACAGCAGACAAGGAACCAUUUUGCAUUUAUCACUACUUUGUGGAUAUUAUCACAUGGAACAAAGACACCAGGAGAGGCACGCUCAGCAUCGUGCUAGCUGAUGAGACUGGGAAGAAGGCAGAAUCCAAAGUUAAUCCAGAAGCUGCCACCUUCCAGCAGUACAACCAAAUUACUUUGCUCAUUGGAUUCGACCAGGAUCUUGAAAACGUACAGAAAAUUUCUUUGACAUUUUCUACAGGAUCUGUCAUUGGCCCAAAAUUCAAACUCAGGAUUCUCCAAAUGAGGUUCCAGUCACUCACAAACCCAGAAAGACCCCAGUUGUGCCGAUACGAUUUCGUGCUGACGGAGAACACCCAGAGAACCUUCAAGCCCAUCCCGUGCUGAAGCAGGACGGAGCUCCGAGGACGCCGUGUCUGGGCGGGGAGGGACAUUUCACAGCCGUGCGGGGACUCACCUGGCGGUCCCGGGGCGCCUCCCGUGCGGACCGGGCAGCGGGACCCGCUCUCCACACAGGGCGUACAAAGGGGCUUUGGGAGUGACAAUAAAACACGGCACUCGCGUGGGUUUAAAGCGCGUGUUUAAA